CAUUUCACAGUACCCCGUAUGUUUUUGUUCGCAGUCUUUCUUUCUCUGUGAUGAAUAUUAGGCCAUUACGUAUACGUCAAAUAAACAAAAUAUUCAGACUGUAAGUUUCACGAAAAACACAAUUUUGUAAAGGAAAGGAAAGAAAAUGGAUACAAUGGUGAUACUUUGUUCAAUUUGUUUUCAUUCAAGAUUCUAAAACGCUUUACGUUAGGUUAGUUCCAGAAAACAAUCGAAUAAUUGAUAUUAUCAGUGAGUUGUAGGAUUUUGUCGAGACUGUAUUGCAGUUGAUUGAACUUUUGUAGUAACUAUGCGCUGGAUAGUCAACCUUGAGGGUGGCCCACGACGAGUAAAUCACGCAUCCGUGGCUGUGGGAGAAUACAUUUAUUCCUUCGGUGGUUACUGCAAUGGGGAGGAUUAUCGGUCGACCAGUGCUAUCGAUGUACACAUACUUAACACGAGCACAUUGCGAUGGCAAUUAACUCCGGCCAUGAGAGACGAGAAUGGGCUUCCAUCAAGGUUCCCCGAUGUCCCAUUCCAACGGUACGGUCACACAGCAGCAGCGCACAAGAAUAAAGUUUACGUCUGGGGAGGAAGAAACGAUGAAGUCGUUUGUAACAUUUUGUAUUGUUAUGACACGAAAACGAUGAGGUGGAGUAAACCUAAGGUGACAGGUCGAAUUCCUGGGGCGAGAGAUGGUCACUCCGCGUGUGUGUAUCGUGAUCGGAUGUACAUUUUUGGCGGUUUCGAAGAAGAUAUGGAUAAGUUUUCUUGUGAUGUGCACUAUCUUGACCUAAACACUAUGCAUUGGACUUACGUUCACACGCAGGGCGAACCACCGACAUAUCGGGACUUCCAUUCGGCAUCUAUUGUUGACGAUAAGAUGUUUGUGUUUGGCGGUCGAGGAGACGCAUAUGGACCGUAUCAUUCACAUGAGGAGAUCUACUGCUCGAAAAUUGUAUUUCUAGAUCUUCGAACGGAUCGUUGGGUAAUGCCGAGAACGACAGGAGAAGAGCCGUUGGGCAGGAGAAGCCAUUCGUCAUUUGUAUACAACAACAGAAUUUAUGUUUUCGGUGGUUACAACGGUAUACUGGAUAUGCACUUCAAUGAUUUGUACUGUUUCGAUCCUGAGCGAUACGUGUGGCAGCGAUUGCGUCCGAAAGGACAGCCCCCGAGAGCUCGGCGACGACAGUCGUGUCUCGUUAUUGGUCAUCGAAUGUAUUUAUUCGGGGGAACUUGCCCAUCACACACGCAAAAUUCUGUGUCGUACGACUACAGUGAUACCCAUGUGCUGGAUUUCAAUCCAACGUUGCGAACCCUCGCCAUUCUUAGCGUGUUAAAAUACAGACUGGAUACUAGUUGUUUGCCAAGAAUGAUAAGUGCGGAAAUUUGCAACAUGACUCAGCCGAAUAGAAUCAGCCGUUCGCUCGCAACGAUUGGUUAGGGGGAGAAAAAUGAUCCGCUUCGCUAAAUGAUGGAUUCAUUUUAGUUAAAUUUCGAUAGUGCUGAGAGUGUUAACUAAUGGUUAUUCUUUGCAAGCGAUGCAAUACCUCGAAGUGGAUUAAAAUAUGAGCUUGAUUUGAAUGUUGAUUAUUCGUGUUGCGAUUAGCUUCCUGGACAAUAUGGUGAAUGCAAUUUGGCACUUGUUUGCGUUGAGAUAUACCUCUUUUUUGUUUAGAUUUUGCAUAUGUUUUGUGUAU